GUGGCCAGCGCGCUCCCCGCUUCUGCCCGGCUGAAUUGUCCUCGGCGGGAUUAAAGUUGGAAAUUGAGCGGAGAAUUGAGUUGCCCGGGAACAGAGCUGCGGCCGCCGCCAGAAGAGCAAUGUUCCCGCAGAGCCGGCACCCGACGCCGCACCAGGCUGCAGGCCAACCCUUCAAGUUCACUAUCCCUGAGUCCCUGGACAGGAUUAAGGAGGAAUUCCAGUUCCUGCAGGCGCAGUAUCACAGCCUUAAAUUGGAAUGUGAGAAACUGGCAAGUGAAAAGACAGAAAUGCAGAGACACUAUGUGAUGUAUUAUGAAAUGUCAUAUGGAUUAAACAUUGAAAUGCAUAAACAGACUGAAAUCGCCAAGAGAUUGAAUACGAUUUGUGCACAAGUCAUCCCAUUUCUGUCUCAGGAACAUCAACAACAGGUGGCUCAGGCUGUCGAACGUGCCAAACAGGUGACCAUGGCAGAGUUGAAUGCCAUCAUCGGGGUACGUGGCCUACCAGGUCUACCUCCUACACAGCAGCAGUUGCAAGCUCAGCAUCUUUCUCAUGGCCACGGACCCCCAGUGCCCCUAACGCCUCACCCUUCGGGACUGCAGCCUCCUGGAAUCCCGCCCCUCGGGGGCAGCGCCGGCCUCCUCGCGCUGUCGAGUGCUCUGAGUGGGCAGUCUCACUUGGCAAUAAAAGAUGACAAGAAGCACCACGAGGCAGAGCACCACAGAGAGAGAGAGCCGGGCACAAGUAAUUCCCUCUUGGUCCCAGAUGGUCUAAGAGGCACAGAUAAACGCAGAAAUGGGCCUGAAUUUUCCAAUGAUAUCAAAAAAAGGAAGGUGGAUGAUAAGGACUCCAGCCACUAUGACAGUGAUGGUGACAAAAGUGAUGACAACUUAGUUGUGGAUGUGUCUAAUGAGGACCCUUCCUCUCCCCGAGCAAGUCCUGCCCAUUCACCCCGGGAAAAUGGAAUCGACAAAAACCGCCUGCUAAAGAAAGAUGCCUCAAGUAGCCCGGCAUCCACGGCCUCCUCUGGAAGCUCCACUUCUUUGAAAUCCAAAGAAAUGAGCUUGCAUGAAAAAGCCAGCACGCCUGUUCUGAAAUCCAGCACGCCGACGCCACGGAGCGACAUGCCAACGCCGGGCACCAGCGCCACUCCAGGACUCCGUCCAGGCCUUGGCAAGCCUCCAGCCAUGGAGCCCCUUGUCAACCAAGCGGGAUUUGGUUUUCAAUUGGAAUUGGUACCAGGGAAUGGAAAGUUCGGACUGAAGGAGAAAUCUUGGAUUUUAUCGAGAAAAUCUUCUUUUGAGAUUAAGUCAGCAGCCGGUUUGAGGACGCCCCUGGCGGUGCCUGGCCCGUACCCUGCUCCCUUCGGGAUGGUGCCCCAUGCCGGCAUGAACGGCGAGCUGACCAGCCCCGGGGCAGCUUACGCCAGUUUACACAACAUGUCUCCACAGAUGAGUGCUGCAGCCGCCGCGGCCGCUGUGGUGGCCUACGGGCGCUCCCCCAUGGUUGGCUUUGAUCCGCCCCCUCACAUGAGAGUCCCCACCAUCCCUCCAAACCUGGCGGGAAUCCCCGGGGGAAAACCUGCAUACUCCUUCCAUGUGACUGCAGACGGCCAGAUGCAGCCAGUCCCCUUCCCCCCCGACGCCCUCAUCGGACCUGGGAUCCCCCGACACGCUCGCCAGAUCAACACCCUCAACCACGGGGAGGUGGUGUGCGCCGUGACGAUCAGCAACCCCACGAGGCACGUGUACACGGGCGGCAAGGGCUGCGUCAAGGUCUGGGACAUCAGCCACCCUGGCAACAAGAGCCCCGUCUCGCAGCUCGACUGUCUGAACAGAGAUAAUUACAUCCGUUCCUGUAAAUUGCUACCUGAUGGCUGCACUCUCAUAGUGGGAGGGGAAGCCAGCACUUUGUCCAUUUGGGACCUGGCGGCUCCCACCCCGCGCAUCAAGGCAGAGCUGACAUCCUCGGCCCCCGCCUGCUACGCGCUGGCCAUCAGCCCCGAUUCCAAGGUCUGCUUCUCCUGCUGCAGCGACGGCAACAUCGCCGUGUGGGACCUGCACAACCAGACCUUAGUGAGGCAAUUCCAGGGCCACACAGACGGAGCCAGCUGUAUUGACAUUUCUAACGAUGGCACCAAGCUCUGGACGGGCGGCUUGGACAACACGGUCAGGUCCUGGGACCUGCGCGAAGGGCGGCAGCUGCAGCAGCACGACUUCACCUCACAGAUCUUCUCCCUUGGAUACUGCCCAACGGGGGAGUGGCUGGCCGUGGGCAUGGAGAGCAGCAAUGUGGAAGUCCUGCACGUGAAUAAGCCUGACAAGUACCAGCUGCACCUCCAUGAGAGCUGUGUGCUCUCCCUGAAGUUUGCCUAUUGUGGUAAAUGGUUUGUGAGUACUGGAAAAGAUAACCUCCUCAAUGCUUGGCGGACUCCUUAUGGAGCCAGUAUAUUCCAGUCCAAAGAGUCCUCGUCUGUGCUGAGCUGCGACAUCUCGGUGGAUGAUAAGUACAUAGUGACUGGCUCAGGGGACAAGAAGGCUACAGUCUAUGAAGUCAUCUACUGAAAACGUUAUGUGGUUUCACGUUUAUAGUUGAAUUGGGCCAAAAUGUUUUGAAUUUGUAGAAAUAGAAAAGUUGUAACUUUAAAGAGAAAAAAAAAACACAAAAACUUGUUUCCAGACUUUGACAUGACACGACUUUGGGUCUACGAAGAGGAGACGAGGAGUCUGUCCAUCCAGCAGAAGGUCAGCCAUCUACCCAAACUGAGUGGAGCACCGAGGCCAUGUGGACAGAGGGCAGAGGAGCGGAACCAGCCGGCCGCCGUGGAGCCUGCUGUUGUCUUUUGGGCACUCCGUCAAUCACGCCUGCCCGAGUGUGAGAUAAUCUUUCUGUUCCUUGCAGUUCACCUCAUGUUCUGUCCUUCGUAGAGCAGUGGUGUCUCCGAUGAACUUGUUUCCUGGUUUUGCAUCUUGUGAAAAAUUUUUUUUUGUAUUUUUGUUGAAGGUUAAACAUUUGUAUAAAUUGUAAAUAUAUUUGGUUUAUUACAGUAAAGGCUUUAGUACCAAUAA